CCGAUGUCUAAGGACCAACAAGAUAGGCUCUCGUUUGCCAUCUUGCAGCACUUCGAUGACCUAAUCAGCAGUAAGGCCGUCGACGGUGAAGCGGCCGAAAGUAUGGCAGUCGCAGCACAGUGUUUGACUGAGGCGCUCGGCGUAGAUGUGAAAGAUCCAGAGCAUGCCUCCAGAUUGAAAGUAGAUCAGACACUGCAAGAUGUAUUCGAUGGAGUAUUCCCACCUCGUCCCACCAAGAAAGCUGCUACUAAAGACGAGGAAGCCAAGGCUAACGAUUUGAAGGACGAAGGAAACGAUCUCAUGAAACAGAACAAAUACGAGGAAGCUAUCGAAAAGUAUUCUGAAGCUAUCGAAGUUGUUCCGGUGGCUACAUAUUUCUGCAACAGAGCUGCCGCCUAUUCCAAGUUAGCUCAACACGAAAGUGCAGUAAAAGACGCCGAAGAUGCUUUAGUUUUGGACGCCGGGUACAGCAAAGCUUAUGCCAGGAUGGGAUUUGCUUAUCUGAACAUGAACAAACUACCUGAGGCUGAGGAUGCGUAUAGUAAUGCUUUGAGACUUGAUUCCGGCAACCAAAGUUAUAAGGACAAUUUAGAUGCUGUGAAAGAGAAGAUUAGUGCUGGACCCAAUGUUAUGGCACAGGCCCCAAUGGGAGGAAUGCCAGCAAUGCCUGGUAUGCCCGGUAUGCCCGGCAUGCCCAACUUGGCAGGCAUGGACUUCUCUCAAAUCCUCAACAACCCUGCAUUCAUGAACAUGGCUCAGCAGUUCAUGACCGACCCUAACAUGCAACAAGCUUUCACUUCUAUGGCAGAUCAGUUCAUGCAAGGUGGAGGUGUCGGAGGUGGAGAAACUUUAGGACCUAGUGGGGUCCCUGAGAACAUUGAUAUCAACGCUAUGUUGGGGAACCCAGCGUUACGAUCCAUGGCAGAAAAUUUCGAAGCUCAGAACCCACAAAUGAUGGAUCAACUAAGGAAUCAAUUCCGACGACCGGAAGACGACACCGAGCCUCCUCCAAAUCCGUAAACGCCAGACUUCUUACGUCCUUUAGCUUUAUUUUUUGUAAUCUUCCCUUAUAAUUUGAAGAGUUCCUAGCCUGGGGAAGAAACUUAUUUUGCAGUUGCAGUUUUUCGAUUAAAAUAUAUUCGAAAAUGGUUUAAUAGCUCGCUCACGCCUUUUAGGCCUACUGUAGCUGGGAAAAUUUAUCUUUUGCCACAAAUUUCUUUUUUUGUAACUAAAAUGUCUUUUGUAAUAGAUGUCUUCAGUUUUAUUUUGAGACCUUGCUGCAUGUUUCACGUGCAUGAACAGAAGCAUUCUAUUUGUUGACUGAAAUCUACAAAAUGUACGAAAGAAAUAUUGUUGAUAAUAUAAUGUGUGUAAAUUAUUGAUAUUUCGAUACGAUUUCUGGUUUUGAGAA